CCAUCAUGACGGCUGAAGAAACUGUUAAUGUAAAGGAGGCUGAAAUAAUUAAACUAAUCUUGGAUUUCUUGAACUCGAGGAAACUUCAUAUCAGCAUGCUGGCCCUUGAGAAAGAAAGUGGAGUCAUUAAUGGCCUGUUCUCAGAUGAUAUGCUUUUUCUGAGGCAGUUAAUCCUGGAUGGUCAGUGGGAUGAGGUUCUUCAAUUCAUUCAACCUCUUGAGUGCAUGGAAAAAUUUGACAAGAAAAGGUUUCGCUAUAUUAUACUGAAGCAGAAAUUUUUAGAAGCCUUAUGUGUAAACAAUGCAAUGUCAGCAGAAGAUGAGCCUCAGCACCUGGAAUUUACAAUGCAAGAGGCUGUACAGUGCCUACAUACUUUGGAAGAGUAUUGUCCCUCUAAAGAAGACUACAGUAAACUAUGUUUGCUACUCACAUUGCCUCGUCUGACCAACCAUGCAGAAUUCAAAGACUGGAACCCCAGUACUGCACGAGUUCACUGUUUUGAAGAAGCCUGCAUCAUGGUAGCAGAGUUUAUUCCUGCUGACAGAAAAGCAAGUGAGGCUGGCUUCAAAGCAAGUAACAAUCGUUUAUUUCAGCUUGUAAUGAAGGGAUUACUUUAUGAAUGUUGUGUGGAAUUCUGUCAGAGCAAAGCAACAGGAGAAGAAAUUACAGAAAGUGAAGUAUUGCUUGGCAUUGACCUUCUUUGUGGUAAUGGGUGUGAUGACUUAGACCUAAGUUUAUUGUCAUGGCUUCAGAAUCUGCCAGCUACUGUUUUCUCUUGUGCAUUUGAACAAAAAAUACUUAAUAUUCAUGUUGAUAAACUACUCAAGCCCACAAAAGCUGCAUAUGCAGAUCUGCUGACACCUCUUAUCAGCAAACUGUCACCUUAUCCAUCAUCCCCAAUGAGGCGGCCUCAGUCUGCUGAUGCUUACAUGACUCGUUCCUUAAACCCUGCCUUAGAUGGGCUAUCGUGUGGAUUGACGAAUCACGAUAAGCGAAUCACAGAUCUUGGAACCAAAACUUCUCCAAUGUCACACUCCUUUGCUAAUUUCCAUUACCCUGGAGUACAGAAUCUAAGCAGAAGUCUGAUGCUUGAAAAUACAGAGUGUCAUAGUAUUUUUGAAGAGUCACCUGAGCGAAGUGACACUCCCGUGGAGCCACAGCAUUCCAUUGGCAGUGAGACUUUGUGCCAGAGUUCAGUUCCAGAGAAUGAACCAGUAAAUGGAGCACAGAAUCAAGGACCAGCCAAACAAGAAAAAAAUGAGCUUCGUGAUUCAACAGAGCAAUUCCAAGAAUAUUACAGGCAAAAGCUACGUUACCAGCAGCAUUUGGAGCAGAAAGAGCAACAACGACAACUGUACCAGCAAAUGUUGCUAGAAGGUGGUGUAAACCAGGAAGAUGGAGCAGACCAGCAGCAAAAUCUAACUGAACAAUUUCUUAACAGGUCUAUUCAAAAGUUGGGAGAGUUAAACAUAGGUAUGGACAGUCUUGGAAACGAAGUUCAGACACUCGGCCAACAAGGGCAAGAAGGCAAGGGGAAUACAUCCAAUGGUCUGGCAACUAGUACUCCAGCCUUUACAUCCCCACCUCCAGAUUCUAGUCAGAGAAUAAUGACUGAUAGCCAAAAUGUUAAUACAAGCACUCCUCGGAAGCAUGGGUCAACAAAUCAGAUACCUUUUCUUGAAGAAUCACCUGUCCAAGGGAAUCAAAUUAUGUCAGACCAUGCUGCCCCUCAGCCACAACUUGAGGAUUCUUUAGGUACGCUAAGUAGGACAAGAGGUGAUGAGGAGGACAAAUCAAAAAAGCAGUUUGUCUGUAUUAAUACUCUAGAAGAUACCCAAGCUGUCAGAGCUGUGGCUUUUCAUCCAAGUGGGAAUUUGUAUGCUGUUGGCUCAAAUUCCAAAACUCUGAGAGUGUGUGCCUAUCCAGAAGUAAUUGACUCAAGUGCUUAUAACAUUCCUAAACCUCCAGUAGUUCGUUUCAAAAGGAACAAACAUCAUAAAGGAUCAAUCUAUUGUGUGGCAUGGAGUCCCUGUGGACAGUUGUUAGCUACUGGUUCAAAUGAUAAAUAUGUUAAAGUGCUACCUUUUAACGCAGAAACUUGUAAUGCAACAGGUCCAGACUUGGAGUUCAGUAUGCACGAUGGGACAAUCCGGGAUCUCGCUUUCAUGGAAGGACCAGAAAGUGGUGGUGCUAUUCUGAUAAGUGCUGGAGCAGGGGACUGUAAUAUUUAUACAACCGACUGUCAGCGAGGACAAGGACUUCAUGCUUUGAGUGGCCAUACUGGUCAUAUUUUAGCACUUUAUACUUGGAGUGGGUGGAUGAUUGCAUCUGGAUCCCAAGACAAGACCGUAAGAUUCUGGGAUCUAAGAGUACCAAGUUGUGUGCGUGUUGUUGGAACAACAUUUCAUGGAACUGGCAGUGCUGUAGCAUCAGUAGCUGUUGAUCCUAGUGGCCGUCUCCUUGCUACUGGGCAAGAGGAUUCCAGCUGUAUGUUAUAUGAUAUUAGAGGAGGACGAAUGGUACAGAGCUAUCACCCUCAUUCCAGUGAUGUUCGUUCUGUUCGCUUCUCUCCUGGGGCUCAUUAUUUGCUCACAGGAUCUUAUGAUAUGAAAAUAAAGGUGACGGACUUGCAAGGGGACCUUACCAAGCAGCUUCCUAUUAUGGUGAUAGGGGAACACAAAGACAAAGUGAUUCAGUGCAGGUGGCAUACGCAAGAUCUUUCCUUCUUAUCAUCAUCUGCAGACAGAACUGUAACCCUUUGGACUUACAAUGGUUAGAGUGCAGCUAAUGGCAACCUAUGCAGAUAAAGCACAGAGACGUAAGACUACUAGACUUUAUUUAAAACAAGCAAACAACUUAGGCAUUCAAAGAGCAGCAGUUGACCAGAAGUGUGUCUUAGCCAGAAGAGGCAGUUGUCACAGAAUUUCUGAUUGCUAGGAGGUCUUGGUGUUUUUAGUAUUAUUUUGCAGUGCUUUCAGUCUUCCAUGUGAACUCAUGCUGCUGUGACCUAUUGUAGUCUUGUUGCCAAAGUCUAUUGGAAGAGCUCCUAUGUUGUUGAUGUGCACUCAAAGUAAUAUGAAUGAUGUGUUUACAGUUUAGUAUUAAUUGCAUUCCUUGGUCUUUGCCUCAAUGACUAUUUUAUAGAGAAACGUAAUUGAACUACACCUUAAUCAAGUCAAUAUAUAUUGAAACUAGAGCCACAUAAACAUAGAAGAUGAAAAUUUUACUUCUAUUGUUUUCACACUUCUGUUGUAUGCAUCACUUGGCAGGAAAAGGUCUGACUUUUUUUGUCUCCACAACUUCAACAUUGAUUUUUAUAAUAUAAUUAUGAACUUUUAAAGGUGAGUGGGCAGUAACUGCUUCUUGAUUAUAGUCCAUAAUAGAAUGUGUUUUGCUUUUCAUCUAAGCGGGGGGAAAUGUAAGCCUAUGGAAACAAAAUCAUGUAGUAAAACAGAAACGUGUUGAAAACAAAAUGUAGGUUUUGCUCUUGAAAUGUAAUGUUUCACUUUUUGAAUGCAACAGAAUACCUCUGUAUGAUGUACUGUAGAAAAGUAGAUUUGGCAGCAUUGUCACAGUGAGCAUAAUGGCUACCCAAUCUCUCAAAGAAAAAUGACACCAUUUAACACUUAUUAUAGACAACAGCAUGGCUUUAAAAUGCUGUCUGCAUGAUAAUUUUAAAAUCACUUAACUUCCCAGUCCAGAAGCUUAUUUAAUUUUUUUUUCUUGCACUGUUUAUGUAAUGCAGAAUUGCAGUUUUUUUUAUUUCUACAAAAAAAUUAGAUUAUAAUGUUUAUGUAUUUGUUAUAUUUUCAUAUUGUACAGUUACUUUUAAAUAUUAGGUUAUUUAUUUAUUUUAAUGCAUUUAAGUUUUGGGUUCUGAUUUACUAAAUUAUCUGUUCACUGUAGCAAG